GUGACCCUCAACAAGACAAGGAUAAUGAGAUGGAGUAUAUUGAUGGGAACUGCACCAGAAUUUAGAGAAGUAUUCGACGCCUACUCCAAGGCAUUUGGCCAUGAUGGUCAACCUCGCUCCCGCACCACCGUAACCGACGCUCGAGUCAACCAAAUUACAGAAUUACUUUUGCAGUGUAAACGUGUCGCCAGGAUCAUCAAACUGCGUUGUUCCAAUGCCCGAGCUGUAUCACAAGAAUUCAAUCUAAUCCUGCCCUCCAAGGAAGUUGCUGAUCAAAUGGCCACAAACUAUUUCAACUCCUUUGAAUCCACGUACAGAAUCUUACAUAUACCCACUUUUUGGAGGGAUUACCAGAGCUUUUGGUUACAGCCGCAAGCAGCAACUGUUGAGACUCAACUGCAGAUACUUCUAGUAGUUGCGAUCGGAUCGAGCCUUCAUCAAACAGAAUCCCCAGAUGCAGAACUUCGAAACUCCGUUUACAGCUGGGUGUAUGCGGCACAGUCAUGGCUUAGCGGACCGCUGGAGAAAGAAAAGCUUACCUUCAGUAGCCUGCAAAUUUAUUGCUUGGCAAUUCUGGCCAGGGAAAUCUUUUCGAUCGGCGGCGACCUCGUGUGGAUGUCGAUGGGCUCACUCGUCAACAGAGCCAUGCAGAUGGGUCUGCACCGUGAUCCAAAACAUCUUCCCCCCAUGUCGACCCUUCAGGCUGAGCUUCGUCGACGUCUUUGGGCUACAAUCCUGGAGAUGUUGGUCCAGUCGUCAUUGGAUUCGGCCUUGCCACCCCGGAUCUCACUGAGUGAUUUUGACACGGCGGCUCCGGUUGAUAUUGAAGAUCAUUGGAUAGACGAUUCGACAACAGAGGUUCCAACGGCGCCUGCGUAUCCUUUGGGGGCAUUCACAUCAACCUCCAUUCAGAAAAUGCUUCUCGCCUCUCUUCCUACACGCCUUCGGAUCGUCAACCUUCUUAACGGCUUGCAUACCGAGCUUUCAUAUUCCGACGCGCUGGUCUUGAGUUCAGAGAUAUUGCAAGCUUGUCAAUCACUGCAAAAAUCCUUCCGAAAUUACAACACUCCCAAAAUUACCGCUUUCCAUAGAAACCUUCUGGAGUUCCUCGUCAGACGCUUUGUCAUGCCUUUGCACUGCCCGUUCUUGAUCAAGUCAAAGACUCAUCCAGAGUAUUGCUACUCCCUGCAAGUGAGCGUUCAAUCCGCCAUGGCCAUUCUUUCGCCAGAGCCAGACGCUGAUUACUCACAUCUAAUGGCUCUUGGUGGCGGCAUGUUCAAAGAAGGAGUAAGGUGCGCCGGCACCGUGCUGAGUCUGGAGUUCAUCAGAAAAUUGAACGCCCUGAAACUGGACGGCACGUUGAAACGCUGUUCAGAGAACCUAGAGGUGCUGAGAAAAUAUCUCCAGACCAUUCUGUCUUUGUCGACAGAGCGAAUUAGACAAGGCGAGACAAAUGUAAAGAUGCAUCUUUUCAUCAGCAUGAUUUUAGCACACGCCAGAGCAGUGGAUGAUGAUGUUCCUUGCGAACCCAGCGUGACCCGUGCGGCGACGGAGAGCUUGGAAUUUUGUCUUGAGUUGCUGAAGGCACGAAUUGCAUCGCUGCCUCCCGCAGAAUGCAAUGGUCCAGAUGUCUUCACGACCAGUACCCAAGGGCUAGGUACCGACAUGGACUUUGGCUUAGAGUUUUUCUUUGAUAAUACGAGUCCAUUUUAG